GUCUGCGGGACAGUGAACUGGCCCCCUGUUUAAAAAGUUUGAGGACCCCUGGUAGAUUAUGGGAGAAAGGGAACUGUAAGGCUUGAAUUAUUCAGUGGAUCUGUGGGCCAAGUAGUAGAAACCCUUUCUCAGAUAGCAAUCAGAGCUAUACAAAUGACUUUGAGAAGUGAAAUUCAAGAAACAUGUCCUAAGAUUGUAAAAAAAGAAAAAGGAAAGUUUUUAUUAAAAAGGCAAGUCUGGAAACAGCCUGAAUCUGUGAGAUUACUGAUAAUGGCUCCUGUUUCUAUGUGGGUCCUGAAUGGUUGGUGAUCUGUUUCAUGAUCAGUUUUGCCAAAACGUUUCUCUCUGAAACGGAGAUCCUCCAGAUGGCACUCUUUCCUUAGCCUGGGAGCAUGGUAGGGCAUCUAGACCUGAUCUGUGGAAAUGGAAGGCAGAGAACCUGUUCAUUUUACCCUGAGUUUACAUUUUGGUCUGCUCUGGAAAGGUCAUCCAGACUCUGAACAGCCUCUGUACUUUAAGCUGCAACACACUGCUGAACAAUCACUUGUAAGUAAAUCAAACAGUAUUUUCUUUGAUAAAUAACACUGUUAAAGGAGAUGUGGAUAAUCCCUUUCCCAUGCUAUCAUUAAGGCAAUGAUUCCCAGGUUUUUGUGGGGUUUUAUUCUAUUGUUUAUCUGAAUUCCCAAUAUUUUGUCUCUAUUCUGAAAGUACUGAGUGAUAUACACAACUACACACACACACACACACACACACACACACACACACCCCGCACAUCUAAGGGUAUUUUUGUAAUCAUAAGAAAAUUGGCCCACAGAAGGAGUAUGUUCAAGCUCCAUAGCUAGUUUGUGCCAUAGAUAAAUGAAGGUGCAUGUAGGAGUAACUUGAGCUACGGGAGAGAGCUGUAAAUGCAGGAAGGGAUAAGCCUGUUGGAAAUUACCUCGUACAAAAAAAAGUCUUGGCACAAAGUAGCUCUAAAUUGGAUUUUGGUGCCCACAGUCUUCCUAAUCAUAAAAAUGAUUUUGAACAUUUGUCUUGAGAUAACUUCCUCCUAAAUAUAUGUAUUUUUCCAAAGCCUAAAAUUUCCUAAAAACUACAAAGCCCCAGUUUUGAGAGAUUUUCUAAUUAUCGUAUGGUUUAGACAGAAAUUCCUCACUUUCUUUUGAGGAGUUUGGUUAAGAAUUUUGUGAUGUCACGAGCUGUAACUGGAUAUAGCCUUAGAUGUCUCAAAACCAAGUUAUGAAAUCUCUCCCUAGAAGUUGGGGAGGAGGGCAGUAAUUCUGAUGCGCUAUGUAUAAAUUCUUCACUCCUCUUCAGAAAUUAGAUGCCCCAGUUUUUUUGUUUAGCAUAAAACAGUAGAGUGGGAGUAGAUGCUAGCUUUACUCAAGAAAAGCUAAGGCCAAAGACAUCUACCCCAUCCCUUGCCACAGGCUUCUAAGUAGCUCUAAAAUUUUCUAUAUUCAUUUCACUCAUUUAUUGGGUGCCUAGCAUUUUUCUAGUCACUGAACAACAACAAAAACCCCAAAACAAAAAUUCCCUGUCCCUCUGGUAAUUUAAAUUCUAGUGAAAAAAGAUAAUACAUGAAAUAAGUAAAUAAUAUAGUAUGUUUGAAGAUGAUAAGUAGUAGGGUAAAAUUACUUGGGGUGAUGAGAAUUAGGAGUUCCAUAGAAGGGGGACACAGGGUGAGCUGCAGUUCUAAAUAGCAUGGUCACUGGGUGUCUCCUUGAGAAGGUGAGUAAGGUACAUGCAUAUGUGGGUGGAGACAACUCUCCACCCAAAGCAGAGAGAUGAGCUUUGCAAAGGCCUAAGGGGAGGAGCAUGCCUGGUGAGCUCAAGGAAUAGUCGAGAGUGAGGGAGCAUGUAGGCUGCAUGGAGGCUAGAGAAGUAACAGGAGAAGGGGGCUUUGUAGGCUAGCAUAAAGAUUAUAGGUUUUUGUUUUUACUCUGAGUCAAAUGGUAAACACUUAGUACCUAAAAAAAAAAACUCUUAAAAAAAUAGAAAUAUAUACAAGUAGAAUAGUAUGGCGAACCCCUGUGUACCCAUCACUCAGCUUCAACAAUUAUCAUCCCAGGGUCAGUCUUGCAUCAUCUCUGCCUCUCCUCCCUCCCUGCCCCUGCUCCCACAAACACACACUGGAAUGUUGAAGCAAAUGGCAGGCAGUGUAUUUCAAACUCAGGGCUCAUUCCAUAGUCUGUGAAUUUUGUUUCUUUAGAAGCUUUCUCUUGUUGCAUCUUUCUUUCAACUCUUAUCAUUCCCCUCACCUCUGUCCCCGGGAGCUGUCCACUAGGUGCCUGCCUCCCUCCUCUUUUCCCCUACCUCACUUCUCUACUCAGACUCACCCUAAUACAUCCAUUCCACUCCCAUCCCCUGAACACUUGAUAUUAAAUAACAAACACCUCAAAAGCAGCUGACAAGUGAAUCAUGCCUUUGUUUUCUCCUUUGUCUCCUCCUUCCUUCUGCCUAAACCACUUACUCCAGCUAACCCAAUCCCAUAGUUUCUGCAUGUUCAAAAGGUGCAUGGAAGACUUUCCUCUUGCUGAUUAUUUGAUCAGAGAGGAUAAGGAUAUCCCUUAUCCCGGUAGAACCACAUUCUCCUGGGUUACUUUCACAGGGAAUCCCAGAAGACAUGGUUACCCAGCUCCACCUACUGAGUCCUAGCACUGGAUGGCAUUUGGAGUCUGGGACUGGCUUGGUUUAAGGCAGAGCCACCUCUUCCCUAAGAUUUGUCUGAAUGUAGUGGUGGGGAGUGGAGUAGCCACUGCUAGCUUCUGUCUCCCAUUCCCCAUUCCUUACUUCAGAAAUGCUGCUUUUAGGUAGUUCAUUUCUCUAGCAGCCAGGAAGGUUGUGUUGAGGUUGGCAUACCCAUCAAGGACAGUAACUACCAUGGCUUCCAGCACUCUGAUGGAGCCUCAGAUGCGUGGCCUCCUGGCCAGGUAUCUACAGUUUCAUAUUGUCAGAGCAUCCAUUUUAUCCUUGGGGGUUGCAGUUUUGUAUAAGUUUGCUGUGGCUGAACCAAGUAAGAAGGCAUAUGCAGAUUUCUACAGGAAUUAUGAUUCUAUGAAAGAUUUUGAGGAGAUGAGGAAGGCUGGUAUCUUUCAGAGUGCAAAGUGAUUUUGGAAUAUAAAGAAUUUCUUUAGGUUGAUUUAUGUAGAAGUUUGUCACUGACUUGUGUUCCUGAGCUAUGAAUACUCAGGCUGAGGAAUAGUUUCUCUUGGUAAGUAAAUAAUUAACAAAUAAAAAAA